UGGAGGCAAACAUUAAAUACAUUCCAAAUUCUAAGCAUAAAAUGCUGAAAUAAAGGGGAACAUAUUGUUUAAUAAAAACCCAAAAGGGGUGAGUUGUGAUGCCUGGGCUGGCCAGCAGGCUCUUUCCUGGAAGACGGGCGGCAGCCCCCGAGUCCACGCUCGCUGCACCUGCACGGUUGGGGUGGGACCAGUGCUGGGCUUUCCCAGCUUUCCAGGCAAGUUUUGCACCCAACCCUUACUGGAAAUAUGUGUUUCCUGCCACUUUUUGAUGAGUAAUGUCUAAUUUUGUUUCCAAUUUGCAGUCAGUAGCAAUUAGAAACAUGAACACCCUCGCACAGACGCACCGAGAGUGGUCAUUCAGGGAGACAGGACCUUCAGAACGCCAGAGGUACAGUACAGGUCUCCAAUGUCUCCUGACAGCACACGGGACACCGUGGAGAGGGCGCUUUUGGUCAACCCACCACCAUGGGGCUGUGGGGGUUAUGGGCCCCUCGCUCCCUCGCCAUGGGGGGACCUGCAUACUCUCUGGGCCUGGCAGGGCUGUGAGGGCCAUGAGCCCCUGGCUCCCUCGCCAUGGGGGGUCCUGUGCACCUCCUGGGCCUGGCACUUCCUGAGCAUGGACGGCUCGGCCCUGGGACGCCCUUGAGGAGGGCCUGGCGCAGGGAUGUGGAGCUGCUGUGGGGGCCACGAGCAGUGUCCUGUGUACCCAGCACAUUGUCUCUGCAGGGUGGGCUCCUGCCAGGCUCUUAGGAUGCCUCCUCCAGCUGCACCUGGCCAGACCUGGGAGCAGGUAUCAUCCUCUGCACUUCUCAGAUGGAAGCUGGGGCAUCGCUGCAGUGGGGGACGAUUCUCUGGAAAGCACCGUGGAGGGAGGGGCUGCAGCCUUGCCUCCAGCCCCUGGGACUGGCCCUGGCCCUGCUGUCAGCGGCUGUGGGGGUCCUCCCAUGGGAGAUCCCCUCUGAAAGCCCCCCGCCCUUCAGGAUCAGCCUCAUCCUCUCCAAUAGGCAAUGUCCCCUCUUGGGUGAUCCUCGGGAAAAGUAAUCCUCUGUCCCAAAAGUGCUUCUGGGUCCAGUGCUCCCGGGUGCCUUUCAUGGUCAUGGGUGUGUUGAUCCCUUUUAAGUUUUCCUCUGAAUCCCUUCCAUGUGAAAAAUCCAGCGUAGAGUUUCCAUGGAAUGAGGAUUCUUUGGCUGUUAUUCGUGGGAACAGAGGCCCUUUCACUGGCCCUGCUGCUGCCUCGGGGAUCAGGCACCUGUGCCCCCUGGCACGGGAUAGCCUCGGCCUCAGGACCCCGGGGUCCAGCCUCCCCACCUGUUCUGUGAAGGAGCCGGUUUCUCCCGAAGUUCUCUGUGGUGCACACGCUCCUGAUGUGUUUAUUCUGUAAGACACCAGCCACUCUGUUCUGAUCGUCCUUAACAAAGAGUGUCCGACAUGUUGUUCCGGAGGGCGCCUGUCCUGGAGGAAGCUUUCCUCAAAGACCCCGACCCUCCACCCUGCCUCUGCCCCUGUGCAGGGUCUGCAGCCUUUUCUUUGGGAUCACUCCCCUUCGACUCCACCCUUCUGUGGAGUGGUUAUGGGAUCUGAGGGAGUCAGCCUCCUUUGCCACAGACAGUCUUCACUUUAAAAUUUGAAAUCUACCAAGUUAAAGUCAUUUGAUACAUUUAAUUGCCAUAAUCUCACUUCCCAGCGUGGAAACAGGAAACAGAAACACCCUCUGGGAACAUCAGGCAGGAUUUUGACAAACCAGCAGGCCGUGCCUCUUGCCAGGUGACAGAAACUUUCCUGGGAAAGACGUUGCCGCUAAAACAAUGCCUUUUAUAGAAACAGAAAAGGACAAACUCGCUUCCCAGAAGCCUGUUACACAAACGAGGCCUGCGUUUUCCCUGCUCCGCCUCGUUUUGAGCUGACAUAGGACACAGUUCCACGGGAAUGUCCCCGGCAGGGGGGACCCUGGGGUGGCAGGUCUGGCCCCUUCCGGCUCCCUCCGCCAGGGACAAGCAGCAGAGAGAGGGAAGCCCGCGAGGGGAGGAGCUGCGCCUCUCCCUCCCUAGCGCAGCUGUGGGGAGAAGGUUUGAGGUUUGCUGGUGAAGGAGCCGGAGGAGGGAGCUGCGCGGUGAGCCGAGUCUGCCUGGUGCCGGCCACAGCGCUCUGGCUCUGCUCAGCCCCACCUGUCCGCGGGUCCAGGCAGGAGCGACGCGGGCCAGGGACGCUCUGCCCUGCGGGGGAGUCAGGAGGGGGCGCCCGCUAGGGAGAGGCAGGGCUGGCCUGGUGCUUGGAGCCUGCUGAGAGAGAGAGAGGAGACAGGGGGCAGCUGAGAGAGAGAGAGAGAGAAGCUCCGGAGAGGAGCAGGAGCAGCGCCGGCUGGAGCCCGGGAGCCUGACGGGACCAUGGGGUCGGUCCCCGGAGCCUUCCUCCAGACGCUGCUUCUGGUAUCCGCGCAGAGCUGGGGCGCAGCCCUGGCAGGAAGCCCAUAUCACUGUGAGGAGCCCCUCGUGUCCACCCUACCCUCGUCGUCCUUCAGCAGCUCCUCCGAGCUGUCCAGCAGCCACAGUCCCAGCUUCGCCAGACUGAACCGGAGAGACGGAGCUGGGGGCUGGACCCCACUCGUAUCAAAUAAGAACCAAUGGCUGCAGAUCGACCUUGGAGAGAGGGUGGAGGUCACGGCGGUGGCGACGCAGGGCGGGUACGGGAGCUCCGACUGGGUGACCAGCUACAUCCUGAUGUUCAGCGACAGCGGCAGGAACUGGAAGCAGUACCGGCGGGAGGACAGCGUCUCAGGCUUUCUGGGAAACGCGAAUGCGGACAGCGUGGUACAGCACAGGCUGCAGCCGCCCCUGGAGGCCCGGCACCUGCGCUUCCUGCCCGUGGCCUGGAACCCAGACAGCAGGAUUGGGAUGCGCGUGGAGGCCUAUGGAUGUGCCCACAGAUCAGAAGUGAUUGAUUUUGAUGGAGAAAGUUCCCUGCUUUACCGAUUUAUUCAAAAUACCAGGAGUCCAGGAAAAGACGUCAUUUCUUUGAAAUUUAAAACUCUGCAGAGUGAUGGGAUUCUAUUCCACAGGGACGGACGGAAUGGGAAUUGCAUCACUCUGGAAUUAGUGAAAGGAAAACUCAUUUUAUUCAUAAAUUCAGGCAACACCACGCAACCCUCACCACCUGGCCAGGGUGGCCUGGCGCUGGGCAGCCUGCUGGACGAUGGGCACUGGCACACAGUGCGGCUGGAGUGCUCUGGCCAGGGCCUGAACCUCACGGUGGACAGGCACUCGAGACCCAUCUGGGCACCGGCGGAGCUGUGCCAUGCGGACCUAGACCCCGAGAUCAGCUUUGGAGGGAUUUUAGCGCCAGGAAAGCCAAUGGUGUUUCCAAGGAAAAACUUUCGUGGAUGCCUAGAAAACAUUAAUUUUAAUGGAGAGGAUGUCAUUGGUUUGGCCAAGCAGCAGGGACCACAGAUCCUCGUCACGGGAACCGUCGCCUUUGCCUGUGCGCACCCCCAGACCGUGCCCGCCACGUUUCUGAGCGCGCAGAGCCACUUGGCGCUGCCCGGCUCCCCCGGGGCGGACGGGGCCUCCGUCAGCUUCCAGUUUCGCACGUGGAACCGCGCGGGGCGGCUGCUGUCCUGGGGGACCCGCCCGGGCUCCGGGGGCUUCUUCCUCGCGCUCCAGGACGGGAGGCUCCACGUGGGUCCGCGCGCAUCCCCGGGACAGGCGCAGAGCGGCGGCCGCACAGGUGUUGGAUUAAAUGACGGGCAAUGGCAUUCUGUGUCAGUGACAUCCACGUGGGGCCACCUGAGCGUGAUGGUGGACGAUGACGUGGCCUCCACCGUCCACACCACAGUACCUGUGGGGGUCCACCCGGGCGAUGCCUACCACUUUGGAGGGUGCCCCGCUCACGGCUCUGGCUCUGACUGCAGCGGAUCGCUGGGACCACUGGGCGGAUUCCAGGGGUGUCUGCGGCUCAUCUCCAUCGACGGCCAGGAGGUGGAUCUGAUCUCCGUGCAGCAGGGCACUGUGGGGAACUUCAGCGACCUUCUGAUUGACACCUGCGGCAUCCUGGACAGGUGUUUACCCAACUACUGCGAGCACGAGGGCACCUGCUCCCAGACCUGGACGGCCUUCCACUGUGACUGCAGCAGCACCGGGUACACGGGCGCCACGUGCCAUCGCUCUCUCUACGAGCCCUCCUGUGAGGCCUACAAGCACCUCGGCCACGCCUCAGGAUUCUACAACAUCGACCCAGAUGGCAGCGGACCCCUGAAGCCAUUCCAGGCAUUUUGUAACAUGACAGAUGUUCCGUGGACAGUGCUGCAGCACAACGGCUCGGCCUUAACCAGGGUCAAGGGCGCGAGCCUGGAGAACCCGCACCGGGCAGUGUUCCAGUACACGGCCAGUGCAGAGCAGCUGCUGGCCAGCGUAGACCGCGCCAGGCACUGCCAACAGGAGCUGGAGCUCCACUGUCGGAGGUCUCGGCUGCAGGACCCUCGAGAUGGAACGGCGCUGAGCUGGUGGGCUGGAAGAGCCAACGAGACCCACACUUACUGGGGAGGAUCUUUUCCCGGCGCCCACCAGUGUGCCUGUGGGUUAGAGAGGGACUGCCUGGAUCCUCAGUACGGCUGUAACUGUGACGCCGACCGGGACGAAUGGACGAGCGACGUGGGCGUGCUUUCCCACCGCGAGCACCUGCCAGUCACACAGAUCGUCAUCACCGACGCGGACCGCCCGGGCUCGGAGGCAGCUUACAAGCUGGGACCACUGCAGUGCCAGGGAGACGGGUCCUUCUGGAACUCGGCGUCUUUCCACACGGAGGCCUCCUACCUGCACUUCCCCACCUUCCAUGGAGAGCUCAGCGCUGAUGUGUCAUUCUUUUUCAAGACGACGGCUUCCUCUGGGGUGUUUCUGGAAAACUUGGGGAUCACGGACUUCAUCAGCCUGGAGCUGCGCUCCCCCGCAGAAGUGGCCUUUUCGUUCGACGUGGGAAACGGGCCCUGCGAGCUCACGGUGCAGUCGCCCACUCCCCUCAGUGACAACCGGUGGCACCUGGUCCGAGCCGAGAGGAACGUGAAGGAGGCAUUGCUGCAGGUGGACCUGCUGCCCCCCAGCACCCGCCAGGCCCCCGAGGAUGGACACAGGCUCUUGCAGCUCAACAGCCAGCUCUUCGUGGGUGGCACGGCCGCGAGGCAGAGAGGCUUCCUGGGCUGCAUUCGGGCACUGCAGGUGAACGGGAGGACCCUGGACCUGGAGGGAAGGGCCAAGGUCACGCCUGGUGUGGAGCCUGGGUGCCCUGGGCACUGCAGCACCUACGGACACUUCUGUCUCCAUGGGGGACAGUGCCGUGAGAGGCACCAGGGCUUCUCCUGUGACUGUGAGCUGUCUGCAUACACGGGGCCCUUCUGCUCUAGUGAGAUUUCUGCGUAUUUUGGAACUGGCUCCUCGGUGACUUACAAUUUUCAGGAAUAUCAUUCCCCAAGUACGAAUGCCAGCUCCCACGCUGCCUCAUUCCAGGGAGAGAUGACGUUGACCCAAGAGACAAUCGCGUUCAGCUUCCGAACAGUGCAAGCCCCGAGCCUGCUGCUUUACGUGGACUCUUUCUACAAGGAGUACCUUUCCGUCAUCCUUGCCAAAAACGGGAGUUUGCAGAUCAGGUACAAGCUGGACACACAUCAAGACCCUGAUGUCAUUAACUUGAAUUUCAGGAACAUGGCAGAUGGGAAACUUUACCACGUGAACAUCAGCAGAGAAGACGGGGUGGUCUUUGUCGAGGUGAACCAGAAAACUUGGAGACAAGUGAGUCUGUCAUCGGGUACAGCAUUCAAAGCCAUCAAAUCCCUGGUGCUGGGCAGGAUUUUAGAGCCCGGCGGCCACGUGGACGCGGAGACUGCACGGGCCGGCGCGCGGGGCUUCUCCGGCUGCCUCUCGGCGCUGCAGUUCCAGCGCGUGGCCCCGCUGAAGGCUGCGCUGCUUCCAGGGCGCUCCGGGCGCGCCUCGGUGCGGGGCCCCGUGGCCAGGUCGAGCUGUGGAGCCGGGGAGGACGCGGCGCGGGAACGCACGCACGCUCGAGCAGAAUAUCCUGGUCCGGUGGAUGAGGGCGAACCCAUAGCUGGCGAGACGAGGGGAGACUCCGCAGUGAUUGGAGGUGUGAUUGCCGUUGUGAUGUUCUUCCUGCUCUGUCUGGCUGCCGUUGCCGUCCGCCUGUAUCAGCAGAAGAACUUGUACACACCCAAAGAGGCGCCACCAGAGAGCCACGGCACCAGCAAGGCAGUGCUCCGACGCGAGCUCAGCGUGCAGAACGCAGCGCGGGGGACCCAGAAGGAGCACUUCGUCUGAGCGGGAACGAGGGGCAACACUUCACUGCCGUGACUCGGCGCUUCCCCAGGGCUCUCCAUGGCCAGAAAUGACCUUUGCAAAUGCAACAGGCUUCAAGGCAGUCAGGCUGCACAGACGCCCCCUCGGAGGGCCUGGGGCCUCGUCCCGAAACAUUGUCCUUUACCCUCCUUCAUGCCCUUCACAUCACCGUGAGUUAGACAGCUUCAUAAUCUGGGUUAGUUUCCCAUGCCCUGAUGUGAUUUUACAUGGACGUUUAACCUGCUUAGUGACUGUUGAGUUUUGGAAGGGAAACUUGCUCGAGUUCUGAGUUCUCUGUCACAGUAGGACCUGCAGCUUCACUUGGUCUACACACACAGGCUGCCUAUAGUCAUUGCUAUUGGUUUCCACAGAACCAAGCUUCUUCUUGACUGUGUCUGUUGAAUUUUUAGGUCUUCUUGCGAGCCAUGGCCAAGGGGCCAAAAAUCAACAGCCUGUCUGCCUUGCUGUCUGCUGGCCAAUGCAAAGUGUUACUCCUCUGUUGAGAUUUUUAUUUUUCGGUUUGUUUGCAUUGCUUUUGUUUAGUUUUUCCUAUUCAAAUGUUCGUGAUGAAUAUGGAAAUAUCUGGUACUAACUGCCAGUCUUCAGCUGUGAAACUGAAAAUCCACGUGGAGCAACACUCCGGAGUUAACCGCGCACGCUCUCUGCUCUGUUUUCUUCUAAUGUCACCGAGACCAGUACUGAUGGUCUGUUCCAGCCUCUCAGCCGUGCCCUGACUCAUGCUGACUUCACAAAGGUUUCUGCUUUCUCUUUUUCAAACUAAGGUUGAAGAGCAGUAGAACCACAAAUUCUUAAUAAUGAAAUGUAUUUUUAUUUGCAGCUGCAAUACCUGAAUGAUACAUAAUAGUAAAUUUAUUUCCCUAAACUCUUGGGUGAUUAUGUGGGUUUUCUUUGUAGCGAUAAAACGCUCCUGUCUUUUGCUGCGUGU